AUGAGUCUGUCGGUGAUGAAGGGCUGGGAUUCCAGACGUUGGGAGGCACUUGUUGGCAUUUCAUGUGUGGCUUUGGGCCUUGCUUCGGCUACAGCGGCUGCGCUCUUGCAGCGGCAGCCCAAGGGAUGCAGCGCGAUCAGCGGGGAGGGCCUUUUGGGAGUGCUCCCCAAGCUUUGGGCGGCAAUCCGAAAGCACAAAUUCCUGGAUGAGGUCACCCAGAUGCAUGAGAAAGAGGGCAACACAAUCUUCCUGCAGUUUGGCAUACUCCGCUUCUUCGUCACGCCAUUGGUCAUAACUCGUGAUGCCCGAAAUGUCGAGUACAUGCUUAAGCAAAACUUCGAAAAUUACCCGAAGGGUGAGUUUUUCAGUUUGAUCGCCCACGACCUGCUUGGGAAUGGCAUCUUCAACGUCGAUGGUGAGGAUUGGAUCAUGCAAAGGAAGACAGCCUCGCUAAUGUUCACAGCCAACCGAUUCAAAAAUCACAUUUGGAGGGUCGUCCAGAAGAACUGUGGCAAGGUCCUGGACUUGCUGCGAGCUCAUGAUGGGGAUGUGGACAUGUUCAAUAUCCUGAAUCGUUUCACGUUGGAUUCAAUCGGGGAAAUCGGCUUUGGAGCAUCCAUCGGAUCCUUGGAGAAUGCCGGCUCACCGUUCCUCACCUCUUUCGACGAGGCCCAGCGGAGCUUGUUCUGGCGCUUCAUGUUUCCAGGCUGGCGUCUUCUGAGGUUCCUUGGCCUGGGUUUCGAGCGAAAGGCCAGGACCCAUUUCAAGACCUUGAAAGAGUACAGCAGGCAGAUCAUCCUUGACCUUUCGCAGAAUCUCGACACGGAAGCUGGGGACAGCUUCGUUGGCUUGUUCAUGAAGAGUGACCCCUCGCUGUCCGCAGACUUUCUGACUGAUAUGGUCUUGAACUUCCUCCUCGCAGGGAGGGACACCACUGCGCAGGCCAUGUCCUGGUGCUUGUUCCUGCUGAUGCAGUCGGAAAGGGUCCAAGAGAAGGUCCGGAGCGAGAUUUCUGAAGUUUGUGGUGCCGAGGGCAUUGACUACGAGAAGCUCAAUAAGCUUCGGUACCUAGACGCCACGCUGCGGGAAAGCCUUAGGCUGUACCCAUCGGUGCCCUUGGAUGCCAAGUUCGUGGCCAACGCUGACACACUGCCCGACGGGACUCAUGUUCCGAGAGGAGCCGCCUUGCUCUACAUGUCCUAUGCCAUGGGCCGAUCGCAGGAGAUUUGGGGCUCCGAUGCAUCUGAAUUUCGUCCAGAGAGGUGGCUGGAGAUGGAAACAACGAAGUCGCCCUACGAAAACCCAGUGUUCCACGCAGGGCCGCGCGAAUGCCUCGGCAAGCGCCUGGCGAUGGUGGAGAUGAAGGGCAUGCUGUGCGCACUCAUCGGGAAUUUCAACUUCCGUCUUGCAGUGCCUCCGGAAACCAUUCUACCAGAUGCGCAGCUGACGAUUGGAAUGUCAUCCGGCCUAAGGUGUCACGUGGAACCGCUCUGA